AUGGCUGCUGCAAUACAUAAGCUGGUAAGUACUGCUUACAUUCCUAACGACCUUGCUUUCUCUAUUCUUUCCAAAUUGCCUCUUAAAUCCCUCAAACGAUUCACAUGUGUUAAAAAAUCAUUUUCCCUUUUAUUUCAAAGCCCUGAUUUUAUGAACAUGUUCCGAACCAAUUUCAUAUCCAAACACAACGAGGACAAUGAAAACAUACGUCUCAUCUUAAAGGAAAAGACACAAAUGAUUCCCUUUCCAUACACCUUAUGCACAUUUUCUGGUGAGAAGUUGGAGGAUGGGGAGAGAUUAGAUUGUCCACCUCCAUUUCAUGAAGAUGACUUAGGUAUUGAGAUUUUUGGUUUUGCAAGUGUUAAUGGCACUCUUUGUCUCUACCAAGGCAUUUACUAUGACACAAAAAUUGUGUUGUGGAAUCCUGCUACCACAAAAUUUAAGGUUGUUCCUCCUAGCUUUCAACCGUAUGACAACAUUGAAGUUAAGACACCUCCUCUGGCAUUUGGUUAUGAUCAUGUUAGACAUGACUAUAAGUUGAUUCGGAUUGCGCAUUAUCCCUUAGACUUUGAAGGUCAUUGGGUUAGUGUACCUGAUAAGGAUAGCUAUUUUUGGGAUGUGGAUUAUGAUCAUACUUUAUGGGAUGGACGAGUGGUGGAGAUGAACGACCCUUUCUGGGAGUUAUAUAGCCUCAAAAGUAACUCUUGGAGGAAAAUUGAUGGCAUUGAGAUGCGUAUUAAUUGGAUAGAUAGCUAUCCGGUGAACUUGAAUGAAUUUUGCCAUUGUUUAGAACUAAACAGGAUUGUGUCAUUUGACUUUAUCAAUGAAAUAUUCUUUGCUACAACCUUACCCUCGGUUGGCUUAAAAAGGCCUAGGGAAUGCGAAACGUUUUUUCGGUUACCUAGAAUCAGGCUGAAUAGCUACUUAGCAGUGAUACAUGGGUCUAUUGCUUUCAUCUCUAAUAUUGAGGUGUUAAGUUUUUAUGACAUAUGGAUUUUGGGUGAAGUCGGUGUUAAAGAAUCGUGGAUUAAACUCUUUGUUGUUGAUGCACCUUGCAAAAUGCGUCCUUUUGGGAUAGGCAUCAAGAGCUUUAUAUUCUUCAUAAAAGGUGAUGAGGAGAUAGCUUGGUAUGAUUUAAGUACCCAAAGGAUUGAGGAGAUCAAGGUCAAAGGAGAGUCAGCUGGGUUGCAAAUUAUUGUUUAUAAGGAAAACCUUCUUUCUUUUGAAGGAAUUAAUAUUUAA